AUGGAACAAGACAAUAGUAGUGAGAUAUUCACCAAGAUUAAGACCCAUUUCCCGCCUGCCAAGAUCAAGAAGAUAAUGCAGACAGACGAGGACAUAGGAAAAGUAUCGCAAGCGACGCCCGUAAUCACGGGCCGCUCGCUGGAGUUUUUCAUCGCGAUGCUCGUAAGCCGCAGCGGCCAAGUGGCCAAGGAGAUGGGAUGCAAGAGGAUAAGCGGUGACGUGAUGAAGAAGACGAUAAUGACUGACGAAAAAUUCGAUUUCUUGAGGGAGUUGGUGUGUGGUAACGGCGAGGCUAAGGAGGCCGGACGUGAGGCUUAG